AUGUAUGUAUCUUUCCUGGCGGGAUGCUUCCGUUCAAUACGUUUUGGGUUAGAGGAAGCUCAUGGAAAAGGGCAAGCAUUGCAGUUUAAUUGGUUAUUUGAGAAAGGAGCCUUUAUUUUGCAUCCUGAUGAAACAUUCUCCGUUGACUUCAAUAAGGUCGAAGGUGUAGUUGAGAGCCUGAGUAGGGAGAUACUUACUAUACAAGCAAAAGGAGACAAAGGGGCCGCCAAAACACUUCUUCAGAAAUAUUGCAAAAUGACACAACCAUUGAAAGUUGCUUUGGAAAAAUUGGAAAUAAUUCAGGUUCCUGUGGAUAUAGCUCCUGAGUUCCCCAUUAUUGACCAAAUUUUGAAUGGAAGUCGCUGA